AUCGCGCGCGCGUACGUUGCGUCCGUUGCGUCCCGUCGUCCGCCACAGUCAUGGCGGCCUCGGUCGCUCCGCUCGAUGAAGACUGGGAGGAUUUUAACGAAUUCAAAGCAGCCGAUUCGCACACCAGCUGGACCGCGGCACCAGAGAAUUCACCGCCGACCCAAAGCUUCGCUUCUUUCGACGAGACGCUGAGCGCGAGCUUCCCGUCUUCUAGCAGCGCGUGCAGGAGCGUCUCAGUGAGUGCCGUGAGUGAGCGCGAGCUGCUGCGCGACGACGAGAUAUGGAACACUUUGACGGAGAACUAUGGCAAUGUGAUGCCAGUGGACUGGAAAACCUCUCACACUCGUUCACUACACCUGCCCACGCUGAACCUCCGGCCUCAGGAGAGGGGGGAGGUCAAUAAUCUUGAUGUGUCUGAUGACGAGGAGCUCCGAGAUCAGAUGGACAUGCACACCAUCAUCAUCUCAUGUGUGAACGAGGAGCCGCUGUUUACUGCAGAACAGGUCAUAGAAGAGAUUGAAGAGAUCAUGCAACAGUCUCCAGACGACGAGGAACACGAGAGUCCGUCUCAGUUUGACCUCUCCUUGAUGUCGCACGAGUUACAUGCUCUCACACAUUCCACAUCCAGCAGCAGCUACGAGGAGCGCUUGCGCGGUCUGUGCGUGUCUGAGCUGCUGGAGCGUCUGGAGGAGGUGGAGCGACAGAUCCGUGGUUUCUCCGAGGAGCUGAUCGAUCAGCUGGCGGUGAGGGAGGAGCUGGACUUUGAGAAGGAGGUGAAGAACACGUUCAUCUCGGCGCUCAUCGACGUGCAGAACCGACAGAAAGAACAUCGAGAGCUGCUGAAGAAAAAGAGGAAGAUAAAGGCCACAGGCGGCGAUCAGAUAUCCAACCGCUCGCAUGUGCCAGGAACCUAUUUGACGACGGUGAUCCCGUACGACAGGAGCAGAGGAGCGCCGUCUGUAGAAGACCUGCAGAUCCUGACCAAAAUUCUGCAUGCCAUGCGUGAGGACAGUGACACAGUUCCUGCUCUUCUGACCGACUACAUCCUCAAAGCGCUGGUGUGAGAGAACAGGUGAAGGAGUGUUGUGUCCCACAUAGAGUUUCUGCAGCUAAUAUCAUCGGUAUGUCGGACAUCUGAUCAUCUGCAUCUCUCCAAAUGAUGUUCUUCUCUAAUCAUACACAGAAUUGACCCACCAGUGGCAUUUAUUUCCCAGUCCAAUUGUAUGUUUUGUUUUGUGUAGAUGUUAUUGUGUGUUUGAGCAUGAGUGCAGUAUUUAGUUUAUUUCUUAAUGCAAUUCACAUUUCACUUACUGUCAGAUUCCACUAGUUUACUCUAUUAUCACAGUGCAGCUGUCGUAACUCAUGCACGUUUGCAUCAUAUUCGGUUUGUUUUAGCGCAGAUCUAGAUGCAAGGUUUCCCUCUUUUGAUCUUUCCAUCAGAUGAAAUGAGAUUUCAGGAAGUCUCGAACUGCUGAUGGCUGAAAAUCAUAGAAAUGAAAUGAUUGCAAUGAUUUCAAAGCAAUCUCUCCAGCAAAGGCAGGUACAAGUAUUUGUGUAGGAAAAGGUUAUUUAUGUAGCUGUAAAAUCUAAACGUUUAUCAUAUUAGAAUGAAAUUGUUCAGUCAUGCUGAACAGGUUUAGUGGUAAUUUUUAAAAACACAACUUGAUAUUCAUAAAAUGUAUUUCAUUGCCAGUUAAUAGAUCGUCAUACUCUGUUUUUGUUCUAUUCGAUCAGCUUUCUAACUUCUCUCUAUAACAGUAUUAAUAUUGAGUUGAUGAGGAGUGAACAGUACGAGUAAUUGCUACCAGUUGAUGUGGAAUCUGUGAGAUCUCAGCAGGAGGAAGGACUUUUAUCAGAUCUCUGGACUGGAUUUCUGUUUUAAGGUAUGAAGAGCUAAAACACACUCAUAAAGAGAUAAAUACGUCUGUCUGUCCUCACUACGGUCCUGUAAGAUUGAAUGAUUGUCUCUGGUUUAUUCGUUUUUGUUGAAACAGAUUGGAGGUGAUAUUUUUGUAUGUGUGACUGUAAAAUCUGAUUGGUGUUUUUUGAUGGAGAGAUUGAGAUUACAUUGUGUUGAGUCCUGCAGAUGCACGACCUUAAAAGAAAUGGUUGACCCAAAAAUGAAAAUUUGCUUAAAAUGUAGGGUGACAAUUUUCAGCAAGUUUUCAUUUUU